GGGAGGGGGGCGUUGUGGGACUUCGCCAAGUCAACAGUCUUCGCAAAACCUUGACAAAAAUGGCCGUCCCCUCCCCACUCCAUCCCCUCUUCUUCCUCCCCUGAUCAGCGUCCCCUCUCUUCCUCAUCUUCUUCCACGCGAAAACCAACUAAGGGGAAGAGAGAGAAAAAGGCCCUCCAAGCUCCUUUCACACCCGAACCCCACACUCGUCUCGCCCCUCGCCUCACGCUCUCUCUCUCUUUCUCUGUCUCUGUGUCUCGGUCUCGCUUAUAUCUUGGUCUUUUCAGCUCCCUCUGCAGACGUGCAUCCGCUACUGCCUCCGCCUCCCUCGCAGCUCGGAACCCUCUUGGCCGCUCCACCCGUUUCCGCCGGCGGGAGGGCCCCCCCGGUUCUUGAUGCUUUCUUGCCGUUUCGCCUGUGCAAGAACCGAUCGCGAUCGACGAGCUCUCCGUUGGGAGAAGUGUCGCGCGAUUUGAGCGAUUUGAGCAUGUGGCGGUAGCGAAUUGAGGAGGGUGGUGGUGUCUGUCUGUGGAAUUCGAAAGGCUUCUUCGCGUGGGAUGGAGUUGUGGAAUCGGGUUUCGAGACUUGUAGCCGCCGGAUUUCUCUGGGCCUUGCUUGGCUGUUGUGUGAUCGACUGCCUCGAGACCGAUAUUAACUGCCUGAAGACCAUAAAAGCAUCGGUUCAAGAUCCUCUGAAUUACUUGAACUAUACUUGGAAUUUCGACAACUCCACUGAAGGCUUCAUUUGUCGAUUCACCGGAGUGGAGUGCUGGCAUCCUGAUGAGAACCGGGUUCUUAAUCUUAAGCUUUCUGAUAUGGGACUCAAGGGCCAGUUUCCUCGUGGCAUCGAGCAAUGCCAAAGCUUGACAGGAUUGGAUCUCUCGAGCAAUGAGUUCUCUGGACCAAUUCCGGAAAAUAUAUCGGGUAUAAUUCAGUACGUGACAUCUCUUGACCUGUCGUCCAAUAGUUUUUCCGGACAAAUCCCGGCCAACCUUUCAGAUUGUAAGUACUUAAAUACCCUUAGGCUCGACCACAACCAGUUUUCCGGUCAGAUUCCGGGUGAACUCAGACUACUCGGUCGACUCAAAUCCUUUAGCGUGGCCAACAACCUUCUGACGGGCCAAGUCCCCGUAUUUGGCGAGAACGUUACAAUCACUAAAGAUGAUUAUGCAAAUAAUCCAGGACUUUGUGGUACUCCUCUCUCUCCGUGCAUGAUAAAGAAGGCCUCCAACGCUAAAAUAAUUGUUGGAGCAGCGGCUGGUAGCGUAACUCUCACAGCCAUAGGUAUUGCGGUCGGCAUGUUCUUUUAUAUGCGUAGAAUGUCUGUGAAGAAGAAGAAAGACGAGGAUCCUUUAGGCAAUAAGUGGGCGAAAGCCUUAAAGAAAAGCAAAGGUGUCAAGGUUUCCAUGUUUGAGAAGUCAGUUUCCAAGAUGAAACUAAGUGACCUGAUGAAGGCUACAAACAAUUUCAGCAAACACUGUAUAAUUGGAUUAGGAAGGACAGGGACGACAUAUAAGGCCGUGCUCGAGGAUAAUACUCUACUCAUGGUCAAGAGGUUACAGGAUUCUCAACACUCCGAGAAAGAAGUGAUGUCUGAGAUGGCUACACUAGGAAGGGUUAAGCACCGCAACUUGGUUCCACUUUUGGGUUUUUGCAUGGCCAAAAAGGAAAGGCUUCUGGUCUACAAGUACAUGCCCAAUGGUAUACUCCAUGAUCAACUACAUUCUCUGUCUCUGGAUGAUCCCAGCAAAGCUUUGGAGUGGACUUUGAGGCUCAAAAUUGGGAUUGGAGCAGCACGAGGACUGGCAUGGCUUCACCAUAACUGCACUCCUCGUAUUAUCCACCGCAACAUAAGCUCCAAGUGCAUCCUUCUUGAUGCGGACUUUGAGCCUCAGAUAUCUGAUUUUGGUCUGGCUAGGCUCAUGAACCCAAUCGACACGCAUUUGAGUACUUUUGUGAACGGGGAAUUCGGUGAUCUGGGAUAUGUGGCACCGGAGUAUGCACGAACCCUCAUGGCCACCCCAAAGGGAGAUGUGUACAGCUUUGGAGUCGUGCUUCUUGAACUGGUAACUGGUGAGAGGCCCACUCAAGUUCUUAAAGCACCUGAAACUUUUAAGGGUAAUCUGGUGGAGUGGAUCUCGGAGCUCUCAAGCAGCUCGAAACUCCACGAUGCGAUAGACAGACAUUUGGUUGGAAAGGGAAUUGACGAUGAAGUCUUUAAAGUCCUUAAGGUGGCAUGCAGUUGUGUGUUGCCAGCUCCGAAGGAGAGGCCCACUAUGUUCGAAGUCUAUCAGUUCCUAAGGGCCAUUGGGGAUCGGUACCAUUUCUCGACCGAAAAUGAACUUAUGAUGCCCAUAGACAGCGGCGACUCGGAUUGCUUGGAAGAACUUAUUGUUGCUCGAGAAGCAACCACAGAAUAGCACAGUCGAGCUCCUUUGGGUGAGUGACAGUCGACUCUACAUGCCUCCUAUGCUAGAUGUAACUAGUAUGUGUGGUAAAUGUUUAAAUAGAUAUUACCCCGUAGCUUUGUAUGUCUAGGCACACUGCUUCUUGUCAUGCUGUUCGAAGAGGUGGAUAUCCUCUCCAUAUUUCUAUAGAUAGCAAUACCUAUUUUCUCCCGAUUUGAGCCAUUACUUCUGAAAACCUGACUCGCGACAAGGCGUGUGGAUGUGCGUUAGCAGUAAAUGACAAUAGUGAUUAUCUUGCUUCUAUGCACUGAAGCUUUUGUUGUAUGUACUUCGGAAGUUCGCAGUAUGUUGCCCGCCUUUCCUAUUUUGGAGCACUGGUGGUAUUUUUUCGGUUUGACAGAAGGUUUGGCUGGAUUGGUAUGCUCAUCAGCAA